GUUUAAAACAAUUAUUUCAAGAGUGAUCCUUUUAAACUUUAUUUUAUCAUGAGUUCCGCAAUACAAAUAUUAUGGAAACAAGCAUUAAAAACAUUUGGCAGUAGAAAAAAUGCAGGUUAUAAACUGUAUCAACAAAAUUUUGAUCAUUUGUGGAGUUUAAUCAAUAAAAUCACGGCGGAAGAUGUGAAGGUAGACAAACAAAUUCUUGAUUUUGUAAAGCUACAACCUGCACCAAUGUGUGUUAUUGUUCUUUUUGAAAAUAAAGAUAUGACUAUUGCAAUCUUUAUGUUAAAACACGGGGUUACAAUGCCUAUGCAUGAUCAUCCAGGAAUGCAUGGCUUUUUAAAGGUAAUCAGUGGUACUGUUGAAAUAAACAGUUUUACUUUAAAGAACAACAGUGAUCAUAUAAAUAUGAAUGAAGAGAUUAAAGCAUUUAGGCACCGACCUAUAAUACUCCAUAAGAAUUCUCCUGCUUGUGUGCUCACACCACAGGAUAAAAAUUUGCAUGAGAUUAAAUGCAUAGAAGGGCCAGCUGCAUUUUUAGAUAUACUUAGUCCUCCUUAUGGCGUAGAUGAUUCUGGUAAAGGAACUCGACCAUGUACUUUUUUCAAAACAGUUAGCUCGAAACCUUACACGGAUUCAGGUGAUCUUAUUCAAGAAGUUCGAUUGCUAGCUACAGAUAAAACACCAGGCUUUUAUUCGUAUAAUCUUAAAUAUACAGGACCACCUUUGAUGUGAUAAUUGUAUGCAUUUUCCUGUGUCACGUUUUUUAAGUUAUAGAAGUAUGUAUUUUCUGUAUAUUAAUAGCAUUUACUUUAAUAUAGUAUUUGUGUAUAAAUAUAAUUUAUUCCAUUAAUGUUAUU